GUUUCGUUGGAUUUACACAACUCAACAAACCUUACACCAACACUUUCUUCUUCCACUGCAAACAUGGCGUCCCACGAUAUCGAGAACAAGAAGCGCAAGCGCAAGCACAAAUCCGGCAGCAAGAAAGAUGAGGAGUCCGUUGCUGUCGCUGCUCCCAGCAACGGCGCUGUUGAGAAGCCCAGGAAGCGGACAAAGAAGGUCGAUGAGGCUGAGGUCGCAGAUGUCGUCGACGACGUUCAGGAGGCUGGAGAGGAUGAGGAGGAGAACGAGGAGGAACUCAAUGAGGAGUUGAAGAAGAUUGCGGCAGAGGCGAAUGUUGCUAAGGUCGCUGAAGAGAAUAGCGCCGAAGAUAACGAAGAGGAUGCUGGAGAGCCUCCGAUUGAUCUCCCUACAACCACGUCGGUGCCUUCGAUUAACGAUCCCACGAAGUUCUCCGAGUUGAACUUGAACGAGAGGACCCUGAGCGCUAUCAAGGAAAUGGGCUUCACGGACAUGACAGAGAUUCAGAGGAAGGCCAUUCCACCGCUAUUAGCUGGCAAGGAUGUUCUCGGAGCGGCAAAGACUGGUAGCGGAAAGACAUUGGCUUUCUUGAUCCCCGCUAUUGAGAUGCUUUCUGCGAUGCGAUUCAAGCCGCGUAACGGUACCGGUGUUAUCGUCGUUUCCCCCACCCGAGAACUCGCACUCCAGAUCUUCGGUGUCGCCCGCGAGUUGAUGGAGAACCACCAGUCUCAAACAUUUGGAAUCUGCAUUGGAGGUGCAAACCGCAGGGCCGAGGCAGAGAAGCUCGCAAAGGGUGUGAACCUGCUGAUCGCAACCCCCGGGCGUCUCCUCGAUCACUUGCACAACACCGAGGGCUUCGUCUUCAAGAACUUGAAGGCUUUGAUCAUCGACGAGGCAGACAGAAUCUUGGAGGUUGGAUUCGAGGACGAAAUGAGGAGCAUUAUCAAGAUCUUGCCAUCCGAGGAACGCCAGACCAUGCUUUUCAGCGCCACACAGACGACCAAGGUCACUGAUCUUGCACGCAUCUCGUUGCGCCCCGGUCCGCUUUACAUCAACGUCGAUCAGCAGAAGUCGCACAGUACCGUGGAGGGACUCGAGCAGGGUUACGUUCUCUGCGAUUCGGACUCCCGAUUCCGUUUGCUCUUCUCCUUCCUGCGGAGACAUCAGAAGAAGAAGGUCGUCUGCUUCCUUUCGAGUUGCGCCGCCGUGUCGUACUAUUCCGAGCUGUUGAACUACAUUGAUCUCCCAGUUCUCGCGCUGCAUGGAAAGAUGAAGCAGCAAGCUCGAACAUCAACUUUCUUCGAGUUUUGCAACGCAAAGAGUGGUAUUUUGGUGUGCACUGACGUUGCUGCACGAGGACUCGACAUCCCAGACGUCGACUGGGUGCUACAGUACGAUCCUCCAGAUGACCCGCGCUCUUACCUCCACAGGGUGGGACGAACUGCUCGUGGCGUGGACGGCAAGGGACGAAGUCUCAUGUUCUUGUUGCCCAGCGAGGUCGGCUUCUUGAAGAUGCUCAAAGAAGCGAGGGUCCCUCUCGUCGAGUUCGAGCUUCCGGCCAACAAGAUCUUGAACAUCCAGAGCCAGUUGGAGAACCUCAUCGCGAAGAACUACUACUUGAACAAAUCCGCCAAGGACGCCUACCGCUCCUACCUGCAAGCCUAUGCAUCGCACAGCCUGCGAACCAUCUACGACGUGCACAAGCUCGACCUCGUCAAGGUAGCCAAAUCCUUCGGCUUCUCAACACCACCAAGGAUAGACAUCAACCUCGGCGCCAGCCUCAGCAGGGACAAGAAGCCCGAGGGCCGGAGAGCAUACGGAAGCCAGCCUUCGCAGGGCAGGCGGCCGAUGAAGCCGAACAGACGGUAAACUGAGCGAGCGAGAUAUCAGAACAUGUAUAGUCUGUCAGGCAAUUCAUCCAACAGCACGGGUUUUCGGCGUUUUAUCAUUUUUGAAGGGAGUUUGAUACAAUAUUCGUUUUCUCACGUAUGAAGGAGGGGAAAAGUUGUCAUCAUCAUUGGUCAUUGAUCAUCCAUUGUCGUGCGUUGUAGUUUCUACGGGGACAUGCGAGUUAUAGACAGACAGAUGUUCCGGGUGGGAGGGCAGGUCUCGUUGCUUGACGGGAACUGGAUUACGAUGAUUUGAAUAAGUGUUUUGCUAAAUUAAUAACGUGGGAGUGUACAGAGUUCUGUGAUGACCAAAC